UAGCUGUACCCUGCCGUUUCCACUUCCAGCGUGGAGUAUUCUGAGAUUAUAAUAAUUUGGCCAAGCAGUAGCACAAGCAGAAGCAGCAGCGGUUUUAGUUGACCGAAGGCUACAGAGAUCUCUUCUGAAGUCGGAGCUCCCCCAUUCAUUCAAGCUGUUGUGCAUUUUGUAUGAUAUGGAUACUGCUGCUGCUCGAACCCAGAGAUUUUGGAACAUUCGAAUCCGGAGACUGCUGUUAAUAAUCGGCGGGGCGGUUGCCAUUGUAGUUGUAUCCCAGUGUUUAGAGCUUCCCUACGACACAACUUUUUUCUUUUUCCCUGCUGAUAUUGGUUCAAUUUCAACAGCCACAAUGUAUGCCAAUGUUAGUAGCUCAAACAUGUCAAAGUCUGGCAAGUUUAGUGUUGGUGGUGUAGAAGGCCUAGUGGGUAAUGACACUGAAGUUUCCGAUUCGGAUGAAGAAUCUAGGCAUGGGAAUGAUACGAGACAACAGACCUGGGUGUAUGGAUUAGCACUAGGUAAUGACAGCAGUUUGACUGGGGAGUCCAUGUUAGAGAAUAAUGUAACACUUGGAAAGAGUUAUCCCGUGGGAACGGGUGGAAAUGAAGAUGGAGUUUUUAUCCAGGGAAAGACUCAAGAUUUUAAAACUGGUUACUUACAGACAGCUAAUGAAUCAGCUGACAGUUACAGGGAAGACAACGAGCCUGGAAUCAGCUUAGGUUUUAAGGUUAAUGAAGUUAGAAAUGAAGUUGGUCUUGUGCCAGUUGUAUCACAAAAAAGCUCUACAAAGAGUCUGGAAAACUUGAAUGUAGAUUCAAAUGGCAAUGUCGAACAAAAUAUAGAAACCCAAAUUGAUCACCAGAAGAUUGAGCUACGGCAACCUGUUUCAGUCACCUUGGAUGAUAAUUCUACAAUGACUGAUAUAUCUGUACUAAGGAAGUGGAACCGACGACCAACAUCAAUAUCACAGAUGAACUCAUUAUUGCUUCAAAGUUCUGUUUCUUCUCGUUCAAUGCAACUGCGGAGGUACUCAGCACGUGAUCGUGAACUACAAUCUGCAAAACUGGAGAUUGAGAAUGCUCCCAUCAUAAGGGACAAUGCAGGACUUAGUGCUUUUGUUUUCCGAAAUCUCUCCAAAUUUAUAAGGAGUUAUGACUUGAUGGAGCACAUGCUCAAAGUUUACAUCUACAGGGAAGGUGAAAAGCCGGUAUUCCAUCAGCCUUUGAUGAGAGGAAUCUAUGCGUCAGAAGGAUGGUUUAUGAAACUAAUUGAAGGAAAUAAAAAAUUUGUUGUGAGGGACCCCAAGAAAGCUCAUUUAUUCUAUUUACCCUUCGAUUCACAUAUGCUAAGGUUGACUAUUCCUAGACACUCUAUCCAUCGUAAGAGUAAGACGGUCCUAGAAGAAGUUUUGAAGAGCUACGUUGGGUUAAUUUCUAGAAAAUAUCCUUUCUGGAACAGAACGAAAGGGGCAGAUCAUUUUCUUGUCGCUUGUCAUGACUGGGCCCCCAAGCUCACAAAACAGUGCAUGAAGAAUUGCAUCAGGUCUCUUUGCAACGCUCAUGUUGAUAGAGAAUUCGAAAUUGGCAAGGACACCAGUCUACCUGUGACAUAUAUACGUUCCGUGGAGAAUCCUCUUCAGGAUCUUGGGGGAAAACCUGCUUCAGAAAGAUCUAUCCUGGCCUUCUUUGCCGGGGGCUUGCAUGGCUAUCUCCGACCAAUCCUGCUACACUACUGGGCAAACAAAGAACCCGACAUGAAAAUCUUUGGCCCAAUGCCGCAUGAUAUUGAAGGCAAAAGAAUGUAUAGGGAAUACAUGAAGAGCAGCAAGUAUUGCAUAUGUGCCAGGGGUUACGAGGUCCACACACCUCGAAUAGUUGAGGCCAUAUUCUACAAGUGCGUGCCAGUCAUCAUAUCGGACAGUUACAUGCCUCCUUUCUUUGAAGUAUUUAAUUGGGAGGCAUUUGCAGUUUUCAUACAAGAGAGGGACAUCCCCAAUUUGAGAAACAUUCUGCUCUCAAUCCCGGAAGAGAAGUACCUUACAAUGAUGUCGAGAAUAAAGAUGGUGCAACAACAUUUCUUCUGGCACAAGAAGCCAAAGAAGUACGACUUAUUUCAUAUGGUACUUCAUUCAGUCUGGUACAACAGAAUUCUUCAGUUAAAAACCAGAUGAAGAUGGGAGUCUCUUCAGGUUGUUUGAUACUAAAAAAGAAGACUGGUGAGUGCAGAUUAAAAGGUUUCUGUAAAAAAGCAGCAAAGAAAGAGAUACACAGAAACCACACUGACUCUACUGAAUCUUUUGCCACUGAAAUUGAAUUUGAAGCUGACUGAGGGAUUCGUUCAAGUACAAGGAAAUGGUCGUCGGAUUGUCAUUUAUGUUGUGUCCACCUGGCCAAGACAACACGGCUGCGAUGCUAUUCACCCUGCCGGAGAGGGAUCCUGCUCAAGGCUUCCUUUAUUAUCUGUAAAUGGGGUGAAUUCAGUCGUGUACUCGACAAUUUCAACUCCGAUAGCAAGGACGUGUGUAAAUGACCAAUGGUUAGGGCCGGCCUAAUCAAAUCUCUAAGGCCGGCCCGGCCAGCGACAUCAUAAUAUUCACCUAAGGAAAACAAUAAUCUCUUGAUCGAAAGUUUUUAUUUCUGGUA